UGGUUUAUAUUCACGUAAUAAAAGCGUAUUGAAUGCCAAUAGAAAUGUGUGAAUCAAUAAUAAACAUAAAACACAAAUAAAUCGCUAAUUAUUGAAAUCAUCGAUAAAUUGUAAUCAAAAGUGUUUUCAAAACAAAUAAAUUGUUUAUUCAUUAUAUCUGUCAAUACGUGUCGUCCGCCGCGCGUGUAAUACAAUAGACUAAAAAUGCCACGAAUUAUGAUAAAAGGCGGCGUUUGGCGCAAUACCGAGGAUGAGAUCCUGAAGGCAGCGGUCAUGAAAUAUGGCAAAAACCAGUGGUCACGGAUCGCAUCGGUAUUGCACCGAAAAUCGGCCAAACAAUGUAAGGCCAGAUGGUAUGAGUGGUUAGACCCGAGCAUUAAGAAGACUGAGUGGUCCCGUGAAGAGGAAGAGAAACUCAUCAAUUUGGUCCGAUUGAUGCCAACUCAAUGGCGUACCAUUGCGUCUAUCGUUGGCCGCACGGCAUCCCAAUGUCUGGAACAUUACGAGCAGCUUCUGGAUCAGGCACAGAACAAAGGCGAAGACAAGGAUCAAUUGGGUGAUGAUCCGCGAAAACUUAAACCGGGAGAGAUUGAUCCCAAUCCCGAGACAAAGCCWGCCCGUCCCGAUCCUAAAGACAUGGAUGAAGACGAGUUGGAAAUGUUAAGUGAGGCCAGAGCUCGRUUGGCCAACACUCAGGGAAAGAAAGCCAAACGUAAGGCACGUGAGAAGCAACUGGAAGAGGCCAGACGUCUGGCUAGUCUUCAGAAGAGACGUGAGCUUCGAAUGGCUGGCAUUAACAUUGGGUUAAGAAGUUAUAAACAAAGAAAACGCGGUAUUAAUUAUAAUACAGAAAUACCAUUUGAAAAACCCGUUCCUUCGGGUUUCUACGACACGUCAGAAGAAGUCUACGAACCACAAGAACAAGACUUUCGUAAACUAAGACAACAACAGUUGGACGGAGAAAGACGUUCAGAAAUUGARGAAAGAGAGAGAAAGAAAGACAAACAGAAGUUAAAACAGCGAAAGGAAAAUGAUUUACCAACCAGUUUGUUGAAUGCUGAAGAACCUUCCAAAAAGAGAAGCAAAUUAGUGUUACCCGAACCACAAAUAUCGGACGCAGAGUUGGAACAAGUGGUUAAAUUAGGAAAAGCCAGUGAAAGUGCUAAAGAAACAGCUGAAGAGUCGGGAAAUCGCGCUUCGGAAGGACUUUUAGCCGACUAUUCUAUAACUCAAUCGACUGCUGCUCUUCGCACACCAAAAACCGCAGCUCUAAGUCGGGACACUAUUUUAAUGGAAGCCCAAAAUUUGAUGGCAUUGACUAAUGUUGACACUCCUCUUAAAGGAGGUCUUAACACUCCAUUGCAUGAAACUGAUUCAAAUAUCAGUGGUGUCAUUACCCCUGGUGUUGGAAAGGCACCGCUUUCUGUUACUCCAAACACUAUGAUUUCUACUCCAUUUCGUACACCCGCUGGAAGUGAAUUAAAUCCAACAACAGGUGCAGUCACUCCUCGAACACCCGGUUCACUCUCAACUAUAGGAGGCAGUCAGCAAUUGGCCACUCCGUUAAGAGAUAAAUUAGCCAUUAAUUCAGAAGAAGCAUUAAUUUUUGAAGAUCAAAGAACUGCAAAACAACAACAAAAAGAAACACGAGAUAUGUUAAGAAAAGCAUUAUCUGAAUUACCGGCGCCUAAGAAUGAAUAUGAGAUUGUAGUUAAUGAAGAAGAUAUGAACGAUAUUAGUGUUGACACGAGUUCUACAAUUGAAGAUCAGGCAGAUAUUGAUGCCCGACGUGAAGCAAAUCGUUUGGCUGCCAUUGAAGCCGAGCGUAAACGACAGUCUCAGGCCGUUCAAAGAGAUCUACCCCGACCUUCAGAUAUAAACAAUUCUAUUUUAAGACCCGGAGCUCAUACCGAUCCACAAGUGACUGAUUUACAAAAAGCAGAAGAACUUAUCAAAAAAGAGAUGUUAGUUAUGUUGCAUUACGAUUCCAUCAAUAAUAUAACGGAUAAUCAAUUAAUAUCAAAGAGUAUGAAGUCGAGGAAUGCCUCGAAUCCAAAUGCAUCCAAUUUAGCUUUUCUUGAUAAACAUCCUUACAUUAAAUAUAAUGAUGAAGAGUUAGCCGCUGCUAAACAAACACUAACUGAAGAGAUGGAAGUCGUUAGACAGGGUAUGGCUCACACAGAACUAACCUUUGAUGGCUAUUGUCAGGUAUGGGAUGAAUGUUUGUCACAAGUUUUAUACAUACCUUCACAAAAUCGAUACACGAGAGCCAACUUAGCCAACAAAAAGGAUAGAAUUGAAUCCUUGGAAAAGAGGUUGGAUCAAAACAGAUCUCAUAUGACCAAAGAAGCCAAAAAGGCCGCCAAAAUAGAAAAGAAAUUAAGAGUUUAUUUAGGAGGAUAUCAAAGUCGAGCUCAACAAUUGAUUAAACAGACUAAUGAUUUGGUGGAACAGGUCGAACAAACAUCUCUUGAAUUGCAGACGUUUUCAAUACUCAAAGAUCACGAAGAAUUAGCCAUUCAUAAGAGGAUUGAGUCUUUAAGCGAUGACGUAAAGCGACAAAACUUGAGGGAAAAGACACUCCAAGAAAACUACGAUACUUUGAUCCGCAAAAAGGAGAGUCUUUUAUUACAAAUACAACAAAUAGAGACCAACAAAGAAAGCGAUUAAUCAUUUCUAUUCAUUGAUAUAUAUAUAUAUAUAUUGUGUAUAACUUUUUUUCUUAUUCUCAUUUGCUUUCUAAUGAUUUUUAUCAUUACUGUUGUUUUGUUUUUAUUGACACAAAUGUGUUUUUUCUUUAUUUCCCACCAAUACUUAUGGUUACAUAACAGCAAUUUUGAACUAACAAURCAGUACAGUAUAUUGAGACUAAGAUUAAUGGUUGUAUACUUGAAAAUUAUGUUAUAU